CGGCUCCGGUUCUGUAGAGCCGGAGGAGGGGACCGCGCAGGCGCUGUGUGGAAAGCCGGGCGGGGGCGGGGGGGAGAGAGAGAGAGAGAGAGAGAGAGAGAGAGAGACGGCCUCGCGCGUGCGCCUUGGAAAGCCCGCGGCGGCCCUACGCGAGAGAGACGGAGCCAGACGGCCUGGCGCGUGCGCUCUGGAACGACCCGUGGCCGCUCUCCAAGGCUGGCAGAGGGGCCCCAUGGCUGAAGACAACCGAGAGCCCCUGGCCGGAGCCAGCGCUCUCCGGGAAGCCCUCUGGGCACUCCUGCCCCCCACGAAAGAGGAGCUGGUGCCGGAGCUCGGGGAGAAGGUGGAGCCUGGCGUGGCGCGGCUGCUGCGGGAGGCCGCCGAGCUGUUCUGCGGGGGCCGCCGGAGCGAGUGUCUGCAGGCCAGCGAGGCCGUCCUGGACUACUCCUGGGAGAAGCUCAACACGGGCCCGUGGCGGGACGUGCACAAGGACUGGCGCCGCGUCUACGCCUUCGGCUGCCUGCUCAAGGCCGCGUGUCUGUGCGAUGAGCCCGGGAACGCCCCCGCGGUGGCAGAGGCCCUCAGAGUCUGUGACAUGGGGCUGCUGAUGGGGGCGGCCAUCCACGGGGACGUCCUCCUUAAGGUUGCCGCCGUCCUCCAGGCGCACCUCCGCUCAGGAAAGAGGCCCGGCGCAGCCCAGGAGCAGCCCAGCACGAAGAAAGCGAGGAAUGAUGGGGUUUCGGUUCCAGAUGUGGCGUCCGAGAGACCGGUGCCCCGGCUGCGCUGUCCGUCCCUGCAGCAUUUCAGGAAGCAGUUUCUGGCUCCCGGGAGGCCUGUGAUCCUGGAAGGCGUGGUGGACCAGUGGCCGUGCAUGACCAAGUGGAGUCUGGAGUAUCUCCAGGAAAUUGCCGGCUGUCGAACUGUCCCAGUGGAAGUCGGUUCCAGGUACACGGACGAAGACUGGUCGCAGACUCUCAUGACGGUCAACGAGUUCAUCAGCAAAUACCUCCGGGAUGAGUCGAGCGACGUCGGGUACCUCGCGCAGCACCAGCUCUUCGACCAGAUCCCGGAGCUGAAGCGGGACAUCAGCAUUCCCGACUACUGCUGCCUGGGCGACGGGGAGGAGGACGAGAUCACCAUUAAUGCCUGGUUUGGUCCCCGGGGAACGGUGUCCCCCCUUCAUCAGGACCCUCAGCAGAACUUCCUGGUCCAGGUGAUCGGCAGGAAGUACAUCCGGCUGUAUUCCCCACAGGAGUCAGAGGCUUUAUACCCGCACGAGACGCACCUUCUUCAUAACACGAGCCAGGUUGACGUGGAGAAUCCCGACCUGGAAAGGUUUCCCAGGUUUGCCGAGGCCCCGUUCCUGUCCUGCAUCCUGUCUCCCGGAGAGGUCCUGUUUAUCCCGGUUCGGUAUUGGCAUUACGUGCGGGCUCUGGACUUGAGCUUCUCGGUCAGCUUCUGGUGGUCAUAGCCAGGGUCCGAGGAUCUGAGACACAUUCCCCGCUCUACCCCUACCGGUGCUGGCUCCCGGCAUCUAGAGACAAGCCAGACCCAGCCUGUGCCGGAGCCUUCACUGGAGACCCCUCUGGGCACUGGACAGACACAGGGUGAGGGCGUGGCAAGGCGCAGGCUCCAGGCCAGUGUGCAGCAGAGGCCGGGGGGCGAGACCCCAGAAGGACGUUCCAGGCCAACACUCCACCUGGACACCCUGGACAUCAUGCGGCCUGAGGUGCUGGGGUCAUGGGCUGGCUGUGUGCACAGCUACAGAGGGUGGGCUCUGGGGUCAGCUGCCUGGACUGAGACCCCGCCCCCAGCUUCCCUGCUGUGGAAGAGUUGGGGUACUUCACCGUGUGUGUGUCUCCAUGUGGAAAACAGGGCAGCUCGAGCACCUGCCACGGAGAGUUCGAGAGACGGUGCACGGACAGAGCCCGGGCGGGUCCGUGAGCAUUAGCUGCUGUCUGACCUUAAUAAUUACUGUGCUUGCCACCAA